CAGUAGAGGCUUGAGAAGAGCCCGUGCAGAGAGCUGUUUGCACAGGCUUUUUAUAUUUAGCUUUGUUAGUUUGGCCCAGGAGAGGUUAAGACUCAGAACACCUUAAUCCUAAUCUUAAUAAUUUGAACCUGGCCUGGACUCGUUUAGAGUUAUAACAAAGCAUCUGGUCUGCCUACGGCCAACAAAAAACAGCUCUUUAUAUAUUCUGAGACACACAAAGGAAACGUGCGUCAAACAUCAGAGCAGCUUUAUGACCGCUUUAGGAUGAGGAUCAUUUUUCAGUCUGACAGCAGACUGUUGUUAAUAUUUCUGAAAUGACUUCAGAUUAGGGAAUCCAGCGUGUUUUUUUGCCUGCGGAGACUACUCUAAACAAUUCGGACUCAUAAUCUCAAUAUCUUGUUUGGUUUAUGUUUUGACAGUUCGCUGGUCUUAUUUGGGAAAUGAAGUCGCUAUUGUGACGAUAGUCGGCCCGAAGAAAAACAGUUUUUAAAAUGCAUCCUGAAGCUAACAGGAGGUUGCUAACUGCGAGCUAACGGGCAUUGCGUUAGCAUUUUUUGUGCUUUUGAAAAUUACGGUCACCUCAUAAUGUUCUUAAUGCGUUCAUUAAUAUCAUAAACUUGAUGAAGGCGUAUAACUGACAAGAGUUUGAACUGUUAGACAUUUUAAGCGAGUUUUGGAAGAGCGCUCCAGCUAAGGAGGCUAACUAGCACCACUGAGGCUAAAGCUAACAGUAACCGCUGAUAAAUAGAGUGAGUUAGCCAACCAUGGCAGCACCUUCUAACGAGGCCUUGUUCCUCAUCAAGGACGUCAAACCCGGCUCUAAAAACCUGAAUAUAGUGUUCAUCGUGUUGGAAAUCGGACGAGUAACUAAAACCAAAGACGGUCACGAGGUGAGGUCCUGUAAAGUGGCAGACAAAAGCGGGAGCAUAGCCAUCUCAGUGUGGGACGAACUGGGAAGCCUCAUCCAGCCUGGAGACAUCAUCAAGCUCACCAGAGGUUAUGCAUCAAUAUGGAAAGGCUGCCUGACCUUAUACACUGGGAGAGGGGGAGAUCUUCAGAAGAUUGGAGAGUUUUGCAUGGUGUACUCAGAGGUGCCCAACUUCAGUGAACCAAACCCAGAGCUUCUAGCCCAAGCCAAUCAGCAGAACAAGUCUGGUAAGCCUGACCAGAACCAGAGAGGAAACUCUCCACCCAAUCAGAAUUCAGGUACACCUGCUCCACCAGGUAAUGGUGCCAUGCCGCCGUUUGCCAAUAACCCAACACCAGGCGCGCCCCGUGACCCGACAUUUGGCGGUGUGGGGCGUCCAAACGGCCGGUCCACUGGAAACGGUGCGCCGCCCAUCAACGCUGCUGGACCUCCAACGACCACAAAGUCCUCAGUCACCAUUAGCAACGGCAGGGAUCCACGACGUGCCAAAAGAUGAAACCGGAGCUGAAAUGGAAGGGGAAAGAAAACAAAACAAAAAACUAAACAUGGUUGUCCUCAUUUCCUCCUCCUUCACCACUGCCUGUGAUGGCCUUCACUAUAAGGAACCGUUUUAUACAGUCAAAGGUAGUCAGACGCAUCGUUUAGUCUUAGUGAGUAGUGCGCUCUAUAAGCACCACAUCCAGAUCUACACCGUCAGAACUUUACGGACGGAGACCUGAUGAUGGUGUUUGAUCCUGUAAACGACCAGCUCUGUGCCAGUGUUAUCUCUCCCUUCUUAUUCUUUCAGAGAACACAUCCUACUUGAACACUUGAUGCACUUUCUCCUCUUAAUUUAUGUCGAAGCUUGGCUGUCAUUUAAAAUCAGGAAAAGGCUUUCUUUUUUUUAUUGUUUUGAAGUGGAAGAUGCCUUAAGUGGGUGAGAAUCAGUUCUAGGACUGGAUGCUGAAACGAGUCCCUCUGAGAACAGGUUCGCUGUGAGAUUUUAAUCAGUCAUGUGGACUUCUGACCAUGUUUCACGUUUUUUUUUUUUUUUUCCCAUUUGCUGUGAAUUGUAAGUUUAUCACUUAGGACCACAUACAGACACAACGGUUCAAGAAAUAAGCAAUUAUGCUGCCAUAUUGGUUCUUUUUUUCCAUAAACUACUGGCAUAAAAUUCUGACAUUUUUUUGGUUUACCGACUGUAAUGGCGCACAUGUUUUUCUUUUUCCCCCAUCUUUUUAGAUUAAUUUUAGGUGUAAAAUCUAAUUUUCAAGUGAUUAUUUUUUCCUGAGGAGAAAUAAAACGGCUCAUCAGAUAAACAUUGUGCAUUUCUGGCUUCUACCAGAAGCAUCAUCAAGGUGCCACAACUGAACUGGAUUAGCAAAAAUAAAACUGUAUGCAUUCUACAGCACCAUCUAGUGUC